CCCCCCCUCUCCCCCGCUGAGUGAGAAGCAAGACUGGCCUUUUGCAAAACUUCGAAUCAAGGGAAGGCCCCAAUCAGUCAUCCAUCCAUCCAUCCAUCCAUCCAUCCAUCCAUCCAUUCGACGCCUCCUCCGCGAUCCGCAUCUCGCCAUCUCAUCAACCACGCCCAAUGCCUCUCCUUUCUCGGCUCUCUAGCCUCUCUCCGAAGCGUUUCAAUCCCAACUCCAGCUUUCGAAGAUUCGACACGGACUCGGAUCGGUACUACCCUCACCCUCAUCACGCACAUUCCUCUUCCACGGCCGGACAAGGUCCCAUUUCCAUCCUCAUGAGCAAAUUGGGCAUGCUCCACGCCUCGGAGAACAAAUGGGUUCAAUUCACCCUGGCUUGGUUGCCUGUAGCUCUGGCCCUGGCCAAUUGGAUCAUCCAGCUGCUAGUCUCCAUUGGGCUUCCUACCAUUCUGAGCAUCGACUUUCUACGAUUCGAUUUGAGCUUUGCUCAGUUUAGCAUCUUUGGAAUUUGGACGAUCUGCACAGGAACGCCGGAGGAAACGCUGGUUGAUGGGACGGUCAUCAAUCCGGCUUCCUUCAGCUGCCCAAGCUCAUCCCUUGGCUGGAAAGAUACGACCUACUCCACCAUCGUCGAGGUGUUCUUUGGCACCGAAGGCGGCGGCUUGCCCAAAGCUCUGGUCGUGCAUCCACUUUCCUGCGCAUUCUCCUUUUUCGCCUUGAUCUCUUUGCUCGUCGGAGUGAAGAAGCCCAACCUCUCUGCGCCACUUUUGGUGUGCAUCACUUUUCUCUUGACGCUGGUAGCCUUCAUCAUCGACCUGGCCAUCUUUGUUCCCGCUCAUCGCAGACUCUCGGACCCUUCGGCCAUCAACACGUUGGGUCAAGCGGUCAUCGACGUUCGGUACGGCGCAGCUUUUUGGUUGACGCUGGUCACGCUGGUCCUGAGCGCGUUGAUGCUGCUCCUAGUUCUCUCCGCUCACAAGAGCAGACGAAGACAGAGGAACAUUUCAGCUGGCGGCUGGUCCUACGAGAUGGACAAACCCUUGACCUCGUCGGACAGGGAAGCAGGGGCGUCCGCAGGUCUGGGCUUAGGCUUCUCUGGUAGCAGCGCUACUGCUGCUGCUAGAGCGGAGCGAGGAGACGCCGCUGGUGGGAGUAGCAGUCUGCAUUCCCUCAGCAGAAAUCCGAGCAGGACCACAGCCAGCACGCCAACAGCUUUUGGAAAAUCUUCUUCCGCGCAUGGCGGCGGCAGACAUUCCAGAAACGCCUCGAGCAACUUGAACUUGGAACAUGCUGCUGCUGCGUCGGAGGACUUGGAAGGUGCGCUGGAUCAGGAGGUGGAUUAUGGAUCUAGAGGCAGGAGGAAAGCUUUGGAGAAGCUGGAAGAUAAGGACAAGGACGAGUAGGAGGGCGGGGCGUAUGAAGCCUAAGGCUCUUGCUUUUAAUCCCUCCCCCCUCACCCGUUUUCUUCCUCCUUUCAUGUUCUUCCCUCGAACCCUGGGCACGCGAGUCGUCCUCCUCGACAAAGAAAGAGAAUUCUGCUCUGCAAUGUGGACCCCCAUCCUGGACCUUGGAAGCUCGAUGUUCUUCAGCUUCCUCCUUUCGCAACGCCCUGCUGCUUGCUCUACUCGACAAUGCCUUCGACUUGCGCUCGUGCUCCGGAUCGCUACGUGCCAAGGCUACGAUUCAUUGCCUUUUUUGUGUUUCCACACAGGACAACGCACAAUUUGCAUCCGCUCCAUCACUAGCCUAUCUUCAUCUUGAGAAAAGGCAAUGCUCAGACCGUG